AUGCGUGAUCCCACCAUUCCUCACAUUGAGCAGUUGGAAGAAUUGCGUUCCAUCAUUCCACCGCCUCCGCUGGACAUUUCGACCGAGAAGGAAUGUUUCGAUUUGUGGAUGAAGGUGAUGCGACUCGACACUUACCGCAAAGCCGUCAUCACCGGACUUGUUUCCAGCAUCGGCAGUCUCACGGAUAGUUUGGUUAAAAGUUACAGCGCUCCAUUCAUGAGUUACCUCCGCCAGUUGGUGGCCGAGAACAAAUUGGAUGAACUGAAUUUGGUCACCCGGGAUAUUCUAAACGUGUUUCAAGAGAAUUUGAAUAGUGUCCGACUGAUGCCGUACAUUUUCAACUUCCUGGACCAUCUCUUGUCGUCCGGAUGUUUGGAUUCCGUUUUCAAAUCCAUGUCACGGUCGCUGUUGACCUUGAUUCGUACUGAGAUGACCAAUGGCGGUAAACCGUUAAAAUUGUUGAUAUCGUCGGUGGAUUUGUACUGUCACCUACUCAGAGGUGAUCAACCGUACGAGACGCUGCUGACUCUGACAGAUAUUAGCCCGUCGUUGGCCAAUCACCAAGACGACAUCUUGGCCAUUCCCAGCGACACUGACUGGGACGAAGACGUCGAAGCUUUGAAGCCCGUCAAGACUCAGCUUCGCUCACUUUUCAUUCCACCGACUUUGAAUCCUUGA